AGACUCGUGGUUUCAAAGGUUGCCGUCGACUCCUAUGAUGAUGAAACAAGGCACUCUCUAGCGGAUGGCGCAAAGCCUGAACAGGCAAAAAAGCCACCAAGACUGCCAGGUCUUCCCCUGGACUGGAGCCUGAAGACGCGCAUUCGCUUCUGCUCGACAAGCCACUUCCCCUGGAGCGGGAGCCUCAAGACGUGUGAAGAGGCCAGUGGAACCACAGGUUUUGUGCGGGCCGUUCACUCGACAGGCUGCGAGGAGUCUGCGGCGGAGCGAGGGAGCCUAGACAGCAGUCCACAGGCACGCUUCCACCAGAACUGCCUUGUGUGGAUGCACCCGCACCUGCCCUGGAUGCGGCUGUUUCCCCGACACGGGGUGAUGGCUAACGUGUCGAAGUCCAAGGAGGCGACCCUGUUUGCUGACCCCGCCAGCCCUGCGCGGACCGCCUUGCAAGGGGACUCACAGGGAUUCCGCUCCCUGUACCAGCUGCUUCGCGCCCGCCAGUGCCCCUACUUCUACGUCUGCGCGCCCACGUUCACAGUGUUGUUUCGGGCUGCGGGGUGGCCGGCCUGGCCCUUGCAUGCCUUGAUGACGCCUACAACACGGGGCCUCAGGCAGGCACUCCGGACGAAGGUUGGGAUUACGUUCAGCAUGCCUCUGUGCACCAGCCAAGAACAGAUGGACGAGACAGACGGUGCAUCACAGUCUCCGCCUUCAGAAGCUAAGAGUGACGGCCAAGAGGAGAAUGCACCAGAAGAGGAAACGGUGACCUGGUUGGAGCUUGGCCUCAGUCAGGCGGACUUUCCUUCUCUCAACACAUCGCGGAGCAAAAUGCUGGACGAGACCAGGGAUGAUCGUCGCCCUAGGUCACUGGUGUUUGUCGAGCGAGGCGAGACGCUGGCGCUCUUCAACUUUCUCAACAGCCGCACCUGUGUCUGUCCCACGGGACCCCUGGCCGGUGUACCCCCAACGCUCAUCUCUCCUGUGGCCUUUCACGGAGCCAGUUUGCGAUCGCUAAAGGCAAGUGGCAUGCAGGCAAAACUCCCAAGUCUCAUUGUAGUGGUUGUGCUAUGGUGCGGCAAGCUGGGUCAAGCAAAACACACGGACAUGCACAUGGUGGAGAGAGCGGACCAUCCUUCCGAGCGCACUGCAUGGCCUGUGUACCCUGUUUGGAAGCAGGAUAAGGGCGCCUUCUCAUUCGUGGCAUCGCCGACACUCCCACGGCGGCCUUCAAUGCCUUCCAGCCCUCAGCCGCAGGCUGCACCUGCCGCCUUUGCGACUGAGGCACUCAAGACUGCGGCCUGUCGCAGCCCUUCGUGCAGCAGAUUUGUGGGAACCCUGGACCUUUGCCCGUGCUCACCCAUGUUCAUGUUGAAGACGGCAGCUAUGGACCUCCUUGGUUGCCGCUAG